UUGAAAUCGCUCAACAUCACUGAAAAGUGGUUUCAUUGCAGCAGCGCUUAUGCUGCUCCACCACCUCCGGAAGUCAUCGCCUAUGAACCACCUACAAUUCCCUCGUUCUUUGUUUCUGGUGCCUCACCUGACCACUUAACACAGAGAUAUCUGGUGGAGUAUGUUCUGGCCGAUAUCUCUGAUCAAGCCGUAGCUUUAGCUAGCAAAGCAGAGGAAAAGGGAGAUCAAAGUGAAUUGCUGGUAAUACAUGUUUCAUCGUGGGACAACGAAUCUAGGCGCUGGACAGCUAAGCUACCGACAAAGGAAAGCGCUUUGGAUGUUUUGGUAUCACAAGAGCUGGUAUUUCUAGUCACCGAAAAACGUAAUAUACGGGUUUUUAGCCUUACUGGUACUCAGCGCCAUAUUAUUACUCAUCCAAGUCCCAUACUAACGACCGCAUGUUUUGGAAGUAAUAUUGCUGUUUGUUCCAUCUCUGGAGGUGAUUACUACGAGAAAGGAAAACAUUACGAGAAGCCGAAUUUUCAGCAUUUCGUUACCAUAUAUAACGUAGACGGUAGGCAGUGGUACCGUAAGAAAAACACAGUAACCUCUGUAGAUGUUCCUGUAGCUAAGAGGGAGCAUCUGGUAUGGUUGGCUUUUACGAAUUAUGGCCAACUUGUAUCUAUGGACAGUUCAUAUACUAUACGUCUCCUGUCACCCGCAGGAUUUUGGCUUCCUAUAUUCGAUGGCAGCCAUGAGGUUGCUGGCAAAUCAGAUGCUAUUUGGCCAAUAGCUGUGACAGAAGGGCGCCAAAGGCAGAUUAGAUAUUUGUAUUGCAAGGGAAGCAAGUACCCACUGAUAGCUGUCAAAAUGGCUCCUCUUAUCACAACAUGGGCACUACCGUACUGUGCUCCGGUAAGUAUUGAGUUGUUGAAGUUUGUUUCAUUUAAGGGAGAAAAUCUCCAUAACUUUCUCACAAGAAAUUAA